UCCCUUCAAACGCGCCCAAUCCAACCUGACGUCUCAACGGUCAGGUGACCGACUGCGCCGAGGGAUAGCGCGCGACAGCUUCCACCCCGGGGCGCGCGGCCAUUUGGACUCCGCCUCUCGCGAUGCUGCGGUGGCUGAUAGGAGGGGGGCGCGAGCCGCAGGGAUUGGCUGAGAAAUCUGUGCAGACCAUUGGUGAAGAACAAACACAAAAUCCCUACACUGAGCUCCUUGUGCUGAAAGGUCAUCAUGAUAUAGUACGAUUUCUAGUGGCGAUAGAUGAUUACAGGUUUGCAUCUGCUGGUGAUGAUGGAAUUGUAUGUUUGUGGAAUGCUCAGACUGGAGAGAAACUAUUUGAACUACAAGCACACACACACAAAAUCACAGCUCUUGCAACUUUUCCUCUCUUGGAUACUUGUGAAGAAAAAUGUCACCUGAUUUUGACAGCAGGUGCUGAUAGGACUGUUAUUGUAUGGGACUGUGAAAAUGGUAGACAAGUCCACAAAGUAUCCUGCUUUCAUUCCACUGUGAAAUGUUUGACAGUUCUUCAAAGACUGGAUGUAUGGCUGUCUGGAGGGAGUGAUUUGUGUGUUUGGAACAGAAAAUUAGAUCUCUUGUGUAAAACAAGUCAUCUUAUUGAUGCAGAUAUCAGUGCCAUGAUUGAAUUGCCAAAAAACUGUGUGGCAGCAGCAGUUGGUAAAGAACUGAUAAUUUUUAGACUGAAAACUUCCAGAAAUGGAACUGAAUGGGAUAUCUUUGAAGUGAAACGUCUUCUUGACCAUCAAGAUAAUAUUGUGUCAUUGGUUAAUGUCAGUGAUUUGACUUUUGCAACUGGCUCCCAUGUUGGUGAACUGGCAGUCUGGGAUUCACUGGACUGGACAAUGCAAGCAUAUGAACGCAGUUGGGAGGCAUCUCUGCAUAUGGACCCACAACAAGAAAUAAAAUUAUCACACAGUCAGAAUGAAGUAUCAGUUCAACAUCUAACUUCUGAUGAUGAGUGUGUGUUUGCUGCUGUUGGAAAGGGCAUAUACGUGUAUAACCUUAAGACGAAACGUGUGAUUGCCUUCCAGAAGAUUGCUCAUGACUCCACUGUCCUACAGAUUACAAAAGUUCCAAACAGGCAAUUAAUCUCCUGUUCAGAAGAUGGCAGUGUUCGCAUUUGGGAAUUAAGAGAAAAACAGCAGCUUACAGCGGAGCCUGUUCCAUCAGGUUUUUUCAGUAUUUGGGGAUUUGGAAGAACAAGCAAGCAAGCCAAUCACACAGCUAAAAAAGCACCAGAGAGUACAACUGAAUUCUCCUUGGAUCUUACUGGGGAUUUGAUUGGGCACUCUUCAGCUGUGCAGACAUUCUUGUACUUCAGUGAACAUGGCUUGGUAACGUGCUCUGCUGAUCACCUCAUUAUUUUAUGGAAAGAUGGAGAACGGGAGUCAAGAUUACGCAGCUUAAUGUUAUUUCAUAAACUAGAACAAAGUGAAGAUUUGCAGCUCAGGACCUAAGAUGACAUAAUCAGAAAUAAGUUUAUGGAAUAUGACUGACUGAAAUGUUAUUCAAAGUCUCAAGUAUUUAAAAUAACUGUGUAUAAUUUUGUUCCUAAUUCUUUAAUUAAAUAAGGUAUCUUACUCUCA